AUGACUAUCAAAGGUAUUCAAAUUGCAAUUGAUCGUGGGGGAACAUUUUGUGACGUUAUAGCAAAGAUUCCAAGUCAAAACGAUUAUGUAUUCAAGUUGUUGUCAGUGGAUCCUCAAAAUUACAAGGACGCACCAACAGAAGGUAUAAGACGAGUUUUAGAACAUGUAAAUGGUACAUCAAUUCCCAAGAGUGCCAAAUUGAAAUUGGAUCAGAUCCAAAGUAUCAGAAUGGGUACGACUGUUGCCACAAAUGCAUUGCUUGAAAGGAAAGGUGCAAAUGUGUUGUUGGUUACGACAAAGGGGUUCAAGGAUGUAUUGGUGAUUGGAAACCAGACUAGACCUCAUAUAUUUGAUUUAACUGCUAAAAAGUUGGGUCAUUUGUAUAAACAAGUGCUUGAAAUUGAUGAAAGGGUGACAAUUGAGAAUUUCUCAGAAGGUGGUGGUGAUAAAUUGCCAAUUGAUAAACUGAAAACUAAUUUGACGGAAGGAGUUACUGGUGAUACAAUUAGAAUUAUCAAGAAACCAGAUUAUCAACAAAUUGAAAAGGAUUUACAAGCUGUUUAUGAUGAAGGCGAAAUCAGAGCAAUUGCAUUGUCCUUACUUCAUGCGUAUGCAUAUCCAAAACAUGAAGCUGAAAUUGCCAAGAUUGCCAAAAAGAUUGGAUUCGAAGUCUCAGUCUCACAUGAGUUACAACCAAUGAUUGGGUUUGUCAAUAGAACUUCUUCAACUGUUGCCGAUGCAUAUUUGUCACCCGUGAUCAAUGAGUAUAUUCAAAAUUUUGGUGCUGGAUUUGAAGGUGGUUUAGAUGCUUUUGGUAAUAAGCUUUUAUUCAUGCAAUCAAACGGUGGGUUAUGUCCAUGGUACAAAUUUACUGGCCUCAAGGCAAUUUUGUCAGGUCCAGCUGGUGGUAUGGUCGGAUUUGGAGAAACUUGUUAUGAUGAAACUUCCAAGAAAGCCACAAUUGGAUUUGAUGCUGGAGGUACAUCAACUGAUGUUUCUCGAUAUGAUGGUCAUUAUGAACAUAUUCACGAAACGAUUGUAAGUGAAAUCAAUUUGCAAACUCCUCAGUUGGAUAUAUCGACAGUUGCAGCUGGUGGUGGGUCCAUUUUAUUUUGGAAAAAUGAUUUAUUUGUCACGGGACCCGAGUCAGCAGGAUCUGAUCCAGGUCCAGCAUGUUAUAGAAAAGGUGGCCCAUUAACCGUUACUGAUGCAAAUUUGUAUUUAGGGAGAUUGGUUCCUGAACAUUUCCCAAAAAUUUUCGGUCCUAAUCAAGAUCAAGGAUUGGAUUAUAAUAUUGUUGAUAAGAAAUUUAAAGAAUUGACAGAGCAAAUCAAUAAAGAUCAAGCAUCAAAGGGAAUCAAAUUAAAGCCCGUUGAAGUUGCUAGUGGAUUUUUGAAAGUUGCUGUUGAGUCAAUGGCUAGACCUAUUAGGAACUUGACGGAAGCUAAAGGACAUGAAACGUCUAAUCAUAACUUGGCUAGCUUUGGUGGAUCAGGUGGUCAGUUUGCUGUAUCAUUAGCUAAGAACUUGGGCAUUACCAACGUUGCUGUGCACAAAUACUCCUCGUUGUUAUCAGCUUAUGGUAUCCAGCUCGCAGAUAUCGUCAUUGAAAAGCAAUCACCGGCUUCUAUCACCUAUGCUAAGGAGAAUUUAUCUGGUCUUGAUAAAAAAAUUGAAUCACUUGUUGCAGCUGCACAUAAGGAUUAUCAGAAACAGAACUUGACUGAUUUCACCACCAGGUUGGAGGUUUUGUUAAACAUGAGGUAUGUUGGUAGUGAUACUCACUUAUUAAUUCCUACAAAAGUUGGUGACACCGAUGCAGCUGAGAAAUUUAUCAAGAGACACAAGAAUGAGUUCGGUUUCAAUUUAGAUAGAGAAGUCUUGGUCAGUGACGUGGAGGUUAGGUUGAUUGUUGAGUCAAAUGAUAAAGAGAAACAUAACCCGUAUCAGGAAGUGGCUCAAUUGUCCUCAACUUCAGAACUAUCCAAGCCUGCAUUUACAAAACUUGUAUAUUUCGAAACAUUUGGUUGGUUAGACUCUCCAGUGCAUGUCUUAACUGAUUUACCAAAGGGUUCCGUUGUCAAAGGUCCAGCUGUUAUUAUUGACAACACUCAGACGCUUAUCAUUGAGCCCCGCUCACAAGCAGUUAUCUUAUCUCAUCAUGUGUUGAUUGAGGUAGAACAAGAAGAAAAACCACAAUUGUCAUCAACUACUAUUGACCCUAUUCAAUUGUCAGUGUUUGGUCACAGAUUCAUGUCCGUUGCUGAACAAAUGGGAAGAACAUUACAACAAACGGCUAUUUCAACCAAUAUCAAAGAGAGGUUAGAUUUCUCAUGUGCAAUCUUUGAUCACAAUGGUGAUUUGAUUGCUAAUGCUCCUCAUAUUCCUAUCCAUUUAGGUUCCAUGUCGUAUGCAGUCAAGGCACAAAUAAAAAUGUGGGAAGGUAAGUUGGAACCUGGUGAUGUUCUUGUCUCCAAUCAUCCAAUCGCUGGUGGAUCACAUUUACCUGAUAUUACUGUCAUCACACCAGUUCUCAAUGAAAGCAAUGAACCUGUAUUUUGGACCGCAUCCAGAGGACAUCAUGCAGAUAUUGGAUCGAUAGCAGCUGGAUCAAUGCCACCAAACUCGAAAACUAUCUAUGAUGAAGGUGCAGCUAUUGUUACUCACAAGUUGUGUGUGAAAGGAAAGUUUGAUGAGGAAGGAAUUACGAAGAUAUUGGUUGAUGAACCAGCUAAGCAACCAGGUGGCUCAGGAACAAGAACAUUAAGUGAUAACAUCUCCGACUUGAAAGCACAAGUUGCUGCAAACUAUAAGGGUAUCGUUUUGUUGCAGCGGUUAGUUGAUGAUUUCACUUAUGAGGUUAUUAGAUUAUACAUGGGUGGUAUUCAAUCCACUGCUGAAGUUGCAGUGAGGAAUUUGCUUAAGUUGGCCUAUGAAAAAUUUGGAUCACAUGAGUUGAAAGGUGUUGAUUACAUUGAUGAUGGUACACCUAUUGCAUUGAAUGUGACUAUCAACCCGGAAACUGGAUCGGCAUUGUUUGAUUUUAGUGAGACUGGUGAUGAAAUAUACGGCAAUUUGAAUGCACCAACGGCCAUUCUAUACUCGGCUGUAUUGUAUGUUCUCAGGUGUCUUAUAAGUACCGAUAUCCCAUUGAAUAAUGGCUGUUUGAGACCUAUUGAGUUCAAAACUAGACAGGGUUCCUUAGUUGCCCCAUCCGAUGAUGCCGCUGUGGUUGGUGGUAAUGUUGAAACUACACAAAGGAUUGUUGAUGUUAUGCUCAAGACUUUCCAGGCUGCUGCAGGAUCACAAGGUACCUGUAACAACUUUACUUUUGGAACUAAUGAUAAGGAAAAUGGAGUUUGCUUUGGGUAUUAUGAAACAAUCUGUGGCGGUGCUGGUGCUGGUCCUGACUGGGAUGGACAAUCAGUGGUCCAAUGUCAUACCACAAAUACUAGAAUGACUGACUCUGAAAUAUUUGAAAAAAGAUACCCUGUUUUGCUUCAUGAGUAUUCAGUUCGUUUAGGAUCCGGAGGUAACGGGUUACACAAAGGUGGUGAUGGGGUGAUUAGAGAUAUAGAGUUCUUGUACCCAUUGGAAGUAUCCUGUUUAAUGGAAAGAAGAUCAAUGGCACCUUAUGGGUUACAUGGAGGUGAAGAAGGUGCUAGAGGUAUUAACAAAUGGAUCUACAAAUCUCCCACUGGUGAAUACAAGAGUAAGUCUUUAGGUGGAAAGUGUACGGUUAAGGUUAGUGCGGGUGAUAGAGUUAUCAUUAAUACUCCGGGUGGUGGAGGAUGUGGCCAUGCUGGGUCAAAUAGAGUGUCAAACGGGAAGUCUAAUGGAACUCACUAUCCUAUCAAGAGCACGACUCCCUCAAGAUUAACUGGAUCUGUCGGAAUGAGAGACCAUAUUCAAACAACAAAUUAG